CCUAUCUCGAACACAGCAAUGCCGGCCUUCCAGUCUAUCGUGCUAAACGCUGCUGCCCUCACGGCGUGUCUGCUUGCUUCCGGUGCGCAUGCCGAGUUGCCGACCGCCAAGCUCACGCAUCCUUCGGGGUCAAACGCCGAGGUGUUCCUCUUCGGCGCUCACGUCAAGUCAUUCCAUGCGGCCCAGGACCCGACUCGCGACGUCAUUUUCCUGUCAAACCAUUCGUUCCUGGACGGCGUGAACCCGAUCAUGGGUGGCAUUCCCGUCGUGUUCCCCAACUUUGGCAGUGCCAAGGGCCUUCCUGGUCACGGCUUCGCACGUGUGACCAACUGGACUCUAGCUGGUGUUGAUGAGGCUGCGGAUGCUGCUAGCCCUACGGUCGCUACAUUCACCAUGGCUGCAAGCGACAAGACCCGCAAGAUGUGGCCUGUCGAGUUCGAGCUCAAGUACGAGGUGAAGUUAUCGGCAAACCAGCUUGAGACGGCUCUUAUCGUGCACAACACACACACGGAGCAGAUCGACUUCCAUGCACUGCUGCACAACUAUAUCUACGUGGAUGACGUGCGUGACGGCAACACCAAGGUGGCCGGUCUCUCCGGUCUCGAGUACUUUGACAAGGUGGCUCAGGCGAACAAGACACAGACGGAUGCUGAACUCAGCAUCAUCGCCGAGACCGACAGCAUCUACUACAACGCUCCGUCAACGCUGACGGUCUCGACCAAGGGCGUCAACGCCGCGGACCGUACUGUGGUGAUCGAGAAGUCUGGCUUCAUUGGCAAUGGUGCGGCCGAGACUAAGCAGGACACCGACGCUGUGAUCUGGAACCCGUGGGUGGAGCGUUCCAAGACUUUCAAGGAUUUUGGCGCUGAGGAGUACAUUAACAUGCUCGCUGUCGAGCCAGGCCGCGUCUCGCAGAAGCAGGCGCUGCCCGCCGGCCAAACGUACACGCUCCACCAGACGAUCACUGUGGCGGAGGCUUAGACGCCCUAUCCUAGAUAUACAACAUACAAAUGACGGCUAGACCGGCAGAUUUUUGCGUACAUCCACCAGCAAGAUAUAUAACCCAAAUUGGGUCAAAUUGAUUCGAUGUUGAAGUUGAAUAGCCCCACCCAAUCAGGUUUUAUUAUUAUGCUGAUUAAAUCAG